GGAGAAAAGACGGAGCCGCCAUUUUGUUUGUUUGUGUGAGCAGGGAAGGGAAAGCCUUCUUCCUUGAUUGCCGUCUGUUGUAAGUAUCGGGGGUCUCAGGAGGCCUGUUUCUUCUCCCGGCCCUUUUGGAAAGAUGAAGCAUUCAAAAAGAACCCACUGUUCGGAUGAAGAAAAAAACCCAAGUAGUCAAAAGCGCAGAAGAUCUUACAGCAGUGAAAGAGAUUACAAACACUAUAAAUCACAUAAAGUAUCUGACAGUAACUACUUAGAUAAUAGAUCCAUUCCUGAGAGAGAUCGUAACAACCGGAGAUACGUUGAGGAAUACCGAAAUGACUUCUCAGAUGUAGAUGACCACAGGCACCAUCACAAAGAUUAUGAAAAGAGUCACUGCCAUCAUCAUAGCAAAUCAUCUAGUCGAAAUAGGAGAAGUAGUCAUAAAAGAAAGCAUAAGAAACAUCACCAGUCUCAUUCGAAGAGCCAUCGAAGGAAAAGAUCCAGGAGUAUAGAGGAUGAUGAGGAGGGUCACCUGAUCUAUCAAAGUGGAGACGUACUAAGAGCAAGAUAUGAAAUUGUUUCUACUUUAGGUGAAGGUGCUUUUGGAAAAGUAGUAGAAUGUAUUGAUCGUCAUAUGAGAGACAUGCAUGUUGCAAUAAAAAUUGUGAAAAGUGUUGGUAGAUACCGAGAAGCUGCUCGUACAGAAGUCCAGGUAUUAGAGCAUUUAAAUGCUUUGGAUCCCAACAGCACAUACCGCUGUGUACAGAUGUUGGAAUGGUUUGAUCAUCAUGGCCAUGUUUGCAUUGUGUUUGAGCUACUGGGACACAGUACCUAUGACUUUAUUAAAGAAAAUAGUUUUUUUCCCUUUCGUGUUGAACUUAUUAGGAAGAUGGCUUAUCAGAUUUGCCAGUCUAUAAACUUUUUACAUCACAAUAAGUUGACUCAUACAGAUUUGAAACCUGAAAACAUUUUAUUUGUAGAGUCUGAUUAUGUAAUAAAAUACAAUGGUAAAAUGAAGCGGGACGAACGUACGCUGAAAAACACAGACAUUAAAGUUGUAGACUUUGGAAGUGCAACGUAUGAUAAUGAACAUCACAGUACUUUGGUGUCAACACGACACUAUAGAGCACCUGAAGUUAUAUUAGCACUUGGAUGGUCCCAGCCAUGUGAUGUCUGGAGCAUAGGAUGCAUUCUGAUUGAAUAUUACCUUGGUUUUACAGUAUUUCAGACACAUGACAGUAAGGAACACCUGGCAAUGAUGGAAAGGAUACUGGGGCCUUUGCCAGUGCACAUGAUUAAAAAAUCAAAGAAAUUAUACUUUGAUUGUGACCAGUUGGACUGGGAUGAACAUAGUUCUGCAGGUCGCUAUGUCAAAAGACACUGCAAACCAUUAAAGGAAUUCAUGCACUGCCAUGAUGAAGAUCAUGAGAAUCUUUUUGACCUCAUUCGAAGGAUGCUGGAAUAUGAUCCAACCACACGAAUUACCCUAGAUGAUGCCUUAGAGCAUCCUUUCUUUGAUGCCCUUAAAAAUACACUCAGUUGAUCUUAGCUUUCAAGAUGAUGCGGAGUGUGUCAGUCAGCAGCUAGCAGGACAUUUUCAUAUAUGUGUGAGACUUUGUACAUUUAUUUUAUACAGUUGGUUCUGUAAAUAUAUUCAUUUUGUAUUUAUGCCAUGUCUGUCCAACAGUUGCAGCCAUGAUCAUGGAUUGUUGUAAAUAUUAAAAUAAUUUUACACAGGGAUUGCUUUUGAAAAAUAAGCUGCUACUGAUAUUUUGCAUCAAUAUUUGUAAACACAAUAAGAUUUUCAGGUCACCAUUAUACAUAUUGGUACCAACCAUUUUGGGAUUAAAUUUAGCAUUUAGAAUAAGUACUUCAUUCAUGCUAAGCAUUAGGUACAGUUCUUUAAUGUCAUGCUUAUGCAGAAUUACACUUGUACAAUAUUUUUAAAUACUAAAUAUUUGACAUUAAAUCUGUAUUAGUUGUUUCACUGCCCAUUACAGAAUAUGCUUACCAGCCAUCUUAUUCACUGGCUUAGGUUCAUUUUCACUGAAUAGAGAAUGCUCUCCAUAGAACAGAACUUCCUCACCUCUACUAGAGCUGCAGCCCCUGAAAUGCUACUCAUGGCAUAAGAACAUAGGCCAAGCUACAGGUUCAGAAAGAGAUCCUGGAAAACAGCUGUCCCAUCUUAGAUUUGUUGUCCACCUGUUAAUUUGUGAUGUAUGUAGCCACAUCAAUAUUUUGUGUUUUGUUUACCUAGUUUAUAUUCUGUCUUUUGAUCAGAAGUUAGCUUUCCAGGGUAACAUUCAGCAUACAAGCUGUAUAAAAGUUCAAAUUGCAGUGACAAUAAAGAGACAUUACUCCACAUAAUGGUUCAUAACAUAUUCAAAAUCAAUUUUUUUCAAAGCAGAAUAUAAGUUGAAAGAAAUUAUCUCUCAUAAAA